CACAACAACAAACAAAAUCGAUUUAGUUGAUUAUUGGUUUUAAAUAAAAAUUCUCGGUCUUGUUUUUAAAAGUAAUAAGAAUUUUCUAUACAUUAGACUUUCCUAAGUACUAACUAGAUCUAAUUUAUUACCAGAAACUAUUUCCGAAAUUGAAAAGUGAAAAUCGAAUCACUUUAAAUAUCAAUAAUUACAUAAAUUAUGAAUAACUAAUCGCCUUGUAUUUGUAUUACCUUACCUCCGGGCUUCAAUAAUGAAAUUUCAAAAGUCUCAGGACUUCCUUUCAUAGUUUCAUUACGAUUUACGAAUUUACGAAUAAUUUUCCGCUUCAUAUUGUUUUUAAUAGUCAUUUUAUUUGAUCCCUGUACUUAAUUCCUUUGGAAAAAAAUAUUGUGGGAUUUAUUUGUGUUCGUUUUGCAUUUUCAUUAACUGAUAAUAAGUCAGUUUUGUAAUAAUAGGUAUUAGGUAAUUAUAGUUGUACAAUAUUACUUUUGCGUAAUAUCAUACUUGAUAUUUUAGUUGCGUGAGUUUUUAAGAACAUAAUAUUUUUAGACUCAUACCAUUUUUCGUCUUUAUUAUUUUUGGAGAACAAAAAGUACAGGGUUGUUUUACCAUUUAAUACUAAAUAUGAUAAAUCAAUAAAAUAAUAAAUACAUUGGAUGAGGGGGAUAGAUUCCUUUCCAGAGCCUUAUUUUACUAAUAUUUUGCAGUAUUUAUAAUAUUUUUUUCUGGAAGUUUACAGUUUUCUACUAAAAUAAUUUAGUCCUCAAGAAAAAUUCCUAUUCACGCCAUAAUCAUACAUCGCAGGAAAUUCGCAUUUUACACGACAUUGGCGGCAUUUCUAAGGUUUGCCCGAUUUUGACUUAGAGUUUAGUGUUAGACCAUAAUUUAAUACACAUAUUAUGCAGUAGAUAUUUUUACAAAAUGUUUAAAUACAGUUAAGAGGUAAGCCAAUCAAUAUACAAAAAUCUAAUGAAGAAAAAACAGUUGAGGCAUUAUGUACUUAGUAAUUUCGUAUUGCACAUAAUUUUGAAUUUUAUUACCUGAUAUAGGUAGUAUAAAUGUAUAAUAUACUAUAUACCUAUAUUGUAAAUUAUAAUUACACUAUUUAGUAUUAGGUAUAUAUAUUUUAAACAAUCUGGUGAGUGGUGAUGGUCGAAUGGUUUUAUCUCGUCUAUUUAUACAUAUGAUCACUAUGUGUUUUCCCAUAAUAUGUAAUAUCAGGAAUAAACUUAUAUAAUAAAAUAUAAUAAUACAAAUUAUCAAUAAUAAUAAAUAGGUAAUAAUUAUUAAUAAAUUGAUGUUUAUCUUAUACUUGAUAGUUGAUACUGGACUAUUUGCCAUUUGUAAUGUUGAUUUCCUCAUGAAUCAUGAUUAACAAUUAUAAGUAUCAUUAUUCAUUAUAGAUUACUUAUAGUAGUAUCAAUAGAUCACGAUUCAAGGUUUUUUUUAUAGACGACUAAAAUGUAUGGAACAUAAUAUUAAAUGUAAUGUGGUUGAAACAUUAAUUUUAAGUGGUACUUACCUACUUGUUCCUGUUACAUUUUAAUAAUCCAUAACAAAUUUGUUGGUUUAGCAUAACAACAUUGAUAUGUCUGAUAAUAAUCUAAUACUUACCAGUGAAGUAGAUGAACAAGAACCAGAACUACAAACAUGGAUACUUCCCAAUUGUGGUAUAAAAGAUGUAUGGGCUAAUAAUCUAGAAGAAGAAUUUGCAUCAAUACGAAAACUAUUGCCAAAAUAUUGUUAUGUAGCCAUGGAUACAGAAUUUCCUGGAGUUGUAGCCCGACCAAUUGGUGAUUUCAAAACGGCUGCUGAUUAUUUAUAUCAGUUGUUACGAUGCAAUGUUGAUCUUUUGAGAAUCAUUCAAUUAGGGCUUUCAUUUUUUGAUGAAGAUGGCAAGACACCCACUGGCCAGUAUACAACAUGGCAGUUCAAUUUUAAGUUUAAUUUGUCCGAAGACAUGUACGCUCAAGACAGUAUAGAAUUAUUAACAAAUUCGAGAAUACAAUUCAAAAAUCAUGAAGAGAAUGGAAUUGAGCCAAUAGUUUUUGCUGAAUUCAUAAUAACAUCUGGCUUAGUAUUGAUGGAUAAUUUAAAAUGGAUGACAUUCCACAGUAGUUUUGAUUUUGGUUACUUAGUUAAAGUGUUGACUAAUGAAAAAUUGCCACAGGAAGAGUCUGAGUUUUUUGAGAUGUUUUCUCUGUACUUCCCCUGUGUGUAUGAUAUUAAGUACCUUAUGAAAAGCUGUAAAAAUUUGAAAGGUGGUUUGCAAGAAGUGGCUGAUCAACUUGAACUGAAGCGGAUUGGACCUCAACAUCAGGCUGGUAGCGAUUCCUUAUUAACGGGCAUGGCUUUUUUCAAAAUCAGAGACAUGUACUUUGAAGGAAUGAUUGACAGUAAAAAAUACUGUGGUCAUUUAUAUGGUUUGGGUAUUACCACUUUGAACAAUGAUCAAUUUCGAUAUGACAAUGAAGGGUAAUUUAAUUUGUAAAUAAAACUAUUAUAUAUUUUGUUCCAUUGGUCAUUGUUUAUUUUAUGUCCAUACCAAUAUUGUAAGUUUCAAAUUGAAAUAUCUAAAUUAAAAUUUUAUGUUUUCUAUUUAUUUAUUUUAUAUGAGCUUUGUUCACCAACUUUGAAAAAUCAUUGAAAUAUCUUUAGUUUAGAAUAAUUAUAUUAUAAAAAUAAAAAUAAAAAUGGUAAACUUAA